CACUCAUUUGAUAUAGAGAAAUAGAACAAUCAGAAUGGCUCUUUCUAAGCCUAAAGAUUUAAUAUUUCAACUUACUUCUGCUUAUUUUGAACGUCUUUAUACGAGUCCACUGAAAACUAAAGCGAUCACUAGUUGUGUCAUCGCAGCUCUUGGAAAUUUUAUUUCGCAAAAAAUAUCUGGUGCAAAGCGUUUCAAUGAAGACAGUUUCCUCGCAUUUGCUCUCUUUGGGCUAUUCUUUGGAGGCCCACUUCCACAUUAUUUUUAUACAUAUAUAAAUCCAUUUGUGAGAAACCCUUUAAUACUUUUGUUAAUAGAAAGAUGUUUAUAUACACCGUGUUAUCAGGCAUUAGCAUUAUACAUGUUAUCUGUGUUUGAGGGUAGUUCACAUGAUGAUGCUUUGAAACAAAUGAAAAAGUUAUAUUUGCCAGUACUUACUGCAAAUUUAAAAUACUUAACAUUACUUCAGUUUAUUAACUUAAAAUAUGUUCCACCAAUUUUACGUGUUCUUGUGGUAAAUCUUAUUGGUUUCUGUUGGGCUAUAUAUCUUGCACAACAGCGUUCUAAACAGACAAAAGCUACAAAAUAACAUCAAUGGAGCAAGAUACUAACAUAUUAAUAUAAUAGAGAUUUAAUUUUUAUAUUACUAAAUAUAAAAAGGAUAUGCUGCUUAUGGGGUACAUAUUUAUCAAGCAUUACAUAUUUUAUACAUAAAUUAUGUAAAUAAUUUCUCAUUCCAAUGUUAUACAGUUUAAUCUGUGUAUAAUUGUACUACUGUACGUUAUAUACAGUUUUAAACUGAACAUCCUUAGGUACUAGUAGUAUCCUUACUAGUACCUAAGCUGUGGUAUAAGAAUGGUUAUAUAUAUAUAUAUAUAUAUAAAUGAAUUUUGUAUGCUUUGUAAAAGAAGAAGAAAAUAUUUUAAGCUUUUUAAUUUAAUCACACAACAACAAUACAGAGUAUAUUACAGAUAUAA